UUCAAAAAGAGAAACCGUGUUUGGGGAGGAAUCCUAUCUACAUAUUUCUUCUUUAACCUCAUCCUGGGGUCGUGGUUGGAACUUUCCAUCAAUUCUUUCCUUUCUUUCUUUCUUUUUCUUUUUUUUUUUUUUUUCUCUCUAAGCCUUUUGCCUAGCUCUGCCUGUCACAACAAAGUCAGCCACAGGCCUCCAGAGAGUGGCCUCUGUGAAAUUUGUCAUAAGGGUGUCAGGUAUUUCUUACUGGCUUCCAAAGAAAACUCAGAUAAAGAAAUCUUUCCUGGAUCCUUUUGAGGCUCCACUCGGAAGCUCUCUUGAGGUGAAGAAGAAGCUGGAGAGCAGUAGCAAGAAAAACUGGCCAAAGAGUAAAAGAUGCCCCAGGGCAGAAGGCUGACCUGGGUGGAGUUGGGGGUCAGACAGACUCACUUUGCCUGGGCUGUGCUGGAGCAAAGUCAAGUUCUUGGCGAUUGAGAGUUUAAGUCCAUCGUGAUUAUGCUGCUCUUACUUCUCCUUCUAUUGCCAGUAGUUUUAGAAUUUAGUUUUGUUAGCAUCUCAGCACAACAGUACUGGAGCUGUUCCGAAGGCCCUCCUCUGGGAAAUGGGAAUUCCACUUGUGUCGGUCCUACACCCUACUUAAUUUUCUCCCAUGGAAACAGUAUCUUUAGAAUUGACCCAGAAGGCACAAACCAUGAGCGACUGGUGGUAGAUGCUGGUAUUUCGGUGAUCAUGGAUUUUCAUUACAAGAAGGAAAGAAUCUAUUGGGUGGAUUUAGAAAGACAACUUUUGCAAAGAGUUUUCCUGAAUGGGUCAAGACAAGAGAAAGUGUGCAAUAUAGAGAAAAAUGUUUCUGGAAUGGCAAUAAAUUGGAUAAAUGAAGAAAUUAUUUGGUCAAAUCGACAGGAAGGAAUCAUUACAGUAACAGAUUUGAAAGGAAACAAUUCCCAUGUUCUUUUAAGCACCUUAAAAUAUCCUGCAAAUAUAGCAGUUGAUCCAGUAGAAAGGUUUAUAUUUUGGUCUUCAGAAGUGGCCAGCAGUCUUCACAGAGCAGAUCUCAGUGGGGUGAAAGUGAAGACUCUAUUAGAGACACCAGAGAGAAUAACGGCUAUGUCACUGGAUGUGCUUGAUAAACGCCUCUUUUGGAUUCAGGACAAUAGAGAAGGAAGCAAUUCUCAUAUUUAUUCCUGUGAUUAUGAUGGAAGGUCUGUCCAUCUGAUCAAACCUCCAACCCGGCACAAUUUGUUUGCAAUAUCUCUUUUUGCUGACCGUAUCUUCUAUUCAACAUUGAAAAAAAAGACAAUUUGGAUAGCCAACAAACACACCGGGAAGGAUAUGGUUAGAAUUCACUUCAAUCCAUCAUCAGUACCAGCUGGUGAACUUAAAGUAGUACAUCCAAUUGUACAGCCCAAGGCAGAGGAUGGUGACCAGGACUCUGAAAAGGAACUUCGCAAACUAAAGAAAGCUAACUGCAGCAGCAGAGCGUGCGGGCAGGACUCCAAGUCGCGCUUGUGCGCAUGUGCGGAGGGCUACGCGCUCAGCCGAGACCGGAAGUCCUGUGAAGAUGUCAAUGAAUGUGCCUUUUGGAAUCAUGGCUGUACUCUUGGGUGUAAGAACAUUCCUGGAUCCUAUUAUUGCACAUGCCCUGCAGGAUUUGUUCUGCUUUCUGAUGGAAAACGAUGCCAUCCAUUCGUUUCCUGUCCAAGCAAUGCAUCUAAAUGCAGCCAUGAAUGUGUUCUGACAUCAGAUGGGCCCCUGUGUUUCUGUCCUGAAGGCUCAGUGCUUGGGAGAGAUGGAAAAACAUGUAGUGGCUGUUCAUCACCUGAUAACGGUGGCUGUAGCCAGCUCUGUCUUCCUCUCAGCCCAGUAUCUUGGGAAUGUAGUUGCUUUCCUGGGUAUGACCUACAACCAGACCAAAAAAGCUGUGCUGCUUCAGGACCACAACCAUUUUUGAUGUUUGCCAAUUCUCAAGAUAUUCGUCAUAUGCACUUUGAUGGAACAGAUUAUGGAACCCUGCUCAGCAAGCAGAUGGGAACAGUUUUUGCACUAGAUCAUGACCCUGUGGAAAAUAAGAUAUAUUAUGCCCACACAGCUCUGAAAUGGAUAGAGAGAGCUAAUAUGGAUGGUUCCCAGAGAGAAAGGCUUAUUGAGGAAGGAAUAGAUGUGCCAGAAGGUCUUGCCGUGGACUGGAUUGGCCGAAGAUUCUACUGGACAGACAGAGGGAAAUCUCUCAUUGAAGGGAGUGACUUAAAUGGAAAACAUCGUCAAAUAAUCCUUAAGGAGAACCUAUCUCAGCCCCGAGGAAUUGCUGUUCAUCCAGUGGCCAAGAGAUUAUUCUGGACUGAUAUGGGGAUUAAUCCACGAAUUGAAAGUUCUUCCCUUCAAGGCUCUGGCCGGCUGGUGAUAGCCAGUUCAGAUCUGGUAGAGCCCAGUGGAAUAACCAUUGACUACGUAAUGGACACAUUGUAUUGGUGUGAUGCCAAGCGGUCUGUGAUUGAAAUGUCCAGUCUGGAUGGUUCCAAACGCCAAAGACUUGCCCAGAACGAUGUAGGUCAUCCAUUUGCUGUAGCUGUGUUUGAGGAUCACGUGUGGUUCUCAGAUUGGGCUAUGCCAUCGAUAAUAAGGGUGAACAAGAGGACUGGCAAAAACAGGGUACGUCUCCGAGGCAGCAUGCUGAAGCCCUCCUCACUGGUUGUGGUUCAUCCAUUGGCAAAACCAGGUGCAGAUCCCUGCUUACAUCAGAAGGGGGGCUGUGAACAUAUUUGUCAAGAGAGGUUUGGAACUGCUCAGUGCUCAUGUCGUGAAGGUUUUAGGAAAGCCCCAGAUGGGAAAACAUGUCUGGCUCUGAAGGGUCAUCAGAUAUUGGCAGGUGGUGAAGCUGAUCUAGGUAAUCAGGUAACACCAUUGGAUGCCUUCUCUAGGACUAGAGCAUUGGCAGAUAACAUCACAGAAUCUCAGCAUACACUAGUGGCUGAAAUAAUGGUGUCAGAUGAAGAUGACUGUUCCCCCAUGGGAUGUGGCAGCCAUGCCCAGUGUGUUUCAGAGGGAGAGAAUGCCACCUGUCAGUGUUUGAAAGGAUUUACCUGGGAUGGAAAACUAUGUUCUGAUAUAGAUGAAUGUGAGGUGGGUAGCACAGUUUGUCCUCCUGUCUCCUCCAAAUGCAUCAAUACAGAAGGCAGUUAUGUCUGUGGAUGCUCCCAAGGUUACCAAGGAGAUGGAAUUCACUGUCUUGAUAUUGAUGAGUGCCUCCUGGGGGUUCAUAGCUGUGGAGAGAAUGCCAACUGUACAAAUACAGAGGGAGGCUAUACCUGCAUGUGUGCUGGCCGCCUGUCUGAACCUGGACUGUCUUGCCCUGACUAUACACCACCCCCUACCCUCCAGGAAGAUGGCCACCAUCUGGUCAGAAAUAGUUACCCAGGAUGUCCUGAGUCACAUGAUGGGUACUGCCUCCAUGGUGGAGUAUGUAUGUAUGUUGAAGCAGUAGACAGCUAUGCAUGCAACUGUGUUAUUGGCUACGUCGGGGAGCGAUGUCAGCACCGAGACCUGAGAUGGUGGGAACUGCGCCAUGCUGGCCAUGGGCAGCAGCGGAACAUCACCGUGGUGGCUGUCUGUGUGGUCGUGCUGGUUCUGCUGCUGCUCCUGGGGCUGUGGGGUGCUCACUACUACAGGACUCAGAAGCUGCUAUUGAAAAAUGCAAAGAAUCCCUAUGAAGAGUCAAGCAGAAACGUGAGCCAAGGCAAGCCUGCUGAAGGAGAGGCUGGAAUGUCUUCUUGCCCCCAACCUUGGUUUGUGGUCAUAAAGGAACAUCAAGACAUCAGGAAUGGGAGUCAGCCUUCCGCUGGCAAGGAUGGCCAGGCAGCAGAUGUUGUCCAGUUAUCCUCCCUGGAGCUUGGGUCAGUGCAGCCAUGGAGACAGGAACCCCAUAUACCUGGAAUAGGCACAGAGCAAGGCUGCUGGAUCCCACCAUCCAGUGACAAAAAGUCUGGUCUCCAGUUCAGCUCUAGGCCUGCCUGAAGCACUCUCCUGCUGAGAACUUGACAGUUUCCUCUAACUAGAGCUAUAGGCUAGGAAUAAGAGAAACACCAGGCUUUACACAUUGGUAGCCUUGUGCUGUCACAAAGGUAAGAUGUAACUUUCCCAGAGUUCAUUUCUGUGUAUUUUUGUGAUUUAGUUGGUCAUCGUGGUUAGAUGCAGUGAAAGAGGCACAGUUGCCAGUGAAUGCUCACUCUUUCUCAUGGAGAUUGCUGCUGGGCUGCAGAUUUUCCUUAUUGUUCCUUACUCUGUAUUAUCUCUUUACCUUUUCUAUUGACCCCAAGUCAUACCAGUAAUCCCAGCCUCACCACCAGACACAGAUACAUCCACAUUCCAUAGCCUUCUCUCAGCGGCUCCACUUGGGAAGUUGGAAGUGCCUGGCUUCAUAGCUCUCCUUGCCAAUUCCAGCUUGUGCAUAGGUUCCAUUGUAUGUUCUAUGAUUCCUGAUCAGUCAUUAUACUCCGAUGUUCCAAAUCCCUUCUAGACCUUACUUUCCCAGAUCCUUUUGCAAUUAUGUAAGAAUUAAUUUUUACAAUAAAUAAUCAUAACAUAAUA